AUGAAUGUUUACAAUACUGAUAAAUCUCGUUUGUCGCCACACGAAUUAGCAAUGGCAUCCAAUACAAUUAUCCGUCAAAAAUAUAAUAAAGAAUUCACAUUAGAAUUUUCACGUGAUCGAAAAUCAAUGUCAACCUACGUUUCGAACGCAACUAAAGGUUCAACCAGUACUGAUUCGUCAUCCGAAAAAAUGUUUGUUAAAGGCGCACCAGAAUCUGUUAUUGACCGAUGCACACACAUUCGAGUUGGAACACAAAAAGUUCCCAUGACACCACAAAUUAAACAAGAGAUAUUGCAUUUAGUUCAUCAAUAUGGAUCAGGUCGUGAUACAUUACGUUGUUUAGCAUUAGGUACAAUUGAUAAUCCACCACGAAAAGAAGAUAUGGAUUUAGUAGACUCAAGAAAAUUUAUCACCUAUGAAACUAAUAUCACAUUUGUUGGUGUUGUUGGUAUGCUUGACCCCCCUCGUACUGAAGUUCAUGAAGCGAUUGCUCGAUGUCGUGAUGCUGGUAUUCGUGUUAUUAUGAUAACUGGAGAUAAUAAGAAUACAGCCGAAGCUAUUUGUCGUCGUAUCGGCAUUUUCAAUGAAUUAGAAGAUACGCGAGGCAAAGCAUUCAGUGGCCGUGAAUUCGAUGAUCUUUCACCGGAAGAACAAUCAGAAGCAUGUCGUCAUGCUAAAAUGUUUGCUCGUGUUGAUCCAGCGCAUAAAUCAAAAAUUGUUGAAUAUUUACAAUCACAUGGUGAAAUCACUGCUAUGACAGGUGAUGGUGUUAAUGAUGCACCUGCUUUGAAAAAAGCCGAAAUCGGUAUUGCCAUGGGUUCUGGUACAGCUGUAGCUAAAACAGCCGCCGACAUGGUCUUGGCUGAUGAUAACUUUUCAUCAAUUGUUGCUGCUGUUGAAGAAGGUCGAGCUAUUUAUAAUAAUACGAAGCAAUUUAUUCGUUACUUGAUUUCAUCGAAUAUUGGAGAGGUCGUUUGUAUCUUUUUGACAGCUGCACUUGGUUUACCAGAAUCAUUGAUUCCUGUUCAAUUACUCUGGGUAAAUUUAGUUACUGAUGGUCUACCAGCAACAGCUCUUGGCUUCAACCCACCCGAUUUGGAUAUCAUGGAACGUCCACCACGAAAAUCAAAAGAAUCUCUUAUUACACCAUGGUUGUUCUUUCGUUAUUUAGCUAUCGGAACUUAUGUUGGUAUCGCUGUCGUAUGGAGUGCAACAUGGUGGUCAAUGGAAGCCACGAAUGGUCCUAAACUUUCCUAUUGGCAUUUAAAAAAUCAUUUCAAAUGUCGCGCUGGCGACAAAGAAUGGGAAGGUAUUAGCUGUUCAGUUUUCGAUGAUCCACAUCCAAUGACAAUGGCACUCUCAGUACUCGUCACAAUUGAAAUGUUAAACGCGCUUAACAGUUUAUCUGAAAAUCAAUCUCUUCUUAAAAUGCCACCUUGGACAAACAAAUAUUUAUUAUACGCAAUCGCCUUAUCCAUGUCAUUACAUAUGAUGAUUCUUUACAUUCCAAUGUUUAAUACGGUAUUUCAAAUAUGUCCACUUUCAUUGGAAGAAUGGUUGGCCGUUAUAAAAAUCUCUUUACCAGUUAUCUUACUCGAUGAAAUACUCAAAUUUAUUGCACGACAAUAUAUUGAUCGUGGUAUUAAAUCAAAACCAAUCAUAGAAGAUGUUAUGUCAAUAUUGAAAAAUGAUUUGGCAGGAAUCGAUAAAAUAUCAAACCAUCAAGCGGCUCACAUUGAUUAG